GUCGCGUAAAGCAUCUCCAAUCUAUCGAGCGAGGCAUUGAGACCUUGCAUCGCAAAUUCAAUGGCAGCGUUCAGAGUGCCAGAAGACAGGCCCACAGAGGGGCCGCACAAUCAAAAACUCAUCUUGUUAGCAUCACUCUGCAGCUUUUCCAGCAGGCUGAUGAGGACUCCAACGGACUCCUCGAAGCCGAGGAGAUUGACAAUUUCCGAAAAACUUUUACGGACGUCUGCGCGCACAUUCCAGGAGCGGACAUGCGAAAGAUUCAGCACGUACUCUCUACGGAUGGCUUCACGAGGAAGGAGGUGCACAAUUUGGUGUCCGAGGUGGUGCAAGUGACUCCACCUCCUGCAGUGCGAGCCAAUGCUGCUCAUGUAAUGUUACAAGCAAGGGCCUAA